AUGAGUGAAUUGAUUCAACAUGAUCUUCACAUUUGGGCGAGGAAGACGCCUGCUAAAUGGAAAACGAAGUCAAGGAGGGCAUCCUUGCAAUGCAAUCAUUAUACAGAUAGAAUCGAACAGCAAAGACCACACACAACAGGUGCCUUGCUGGGCCAGAUUUGGAAAGUGGAUGGAGCCCCUGUUCUUCCCUCUUGGACAGCCACCGUCCCAUUUUCGCCGUCUUCGUUCUGCCACUUUCCCAGUUCGUCAACAUGCUACCACUGCUUAUUUGACAAAACGAACGGACGAGAGUUCUGCGAAAUUAUGGGACGCGGAUACUGUACAACGUGUAUCAAAACAAACAGACGCAAAGAGAAUGACGGAGAAGUGAUUAACGCCCUUGGUACUUCAGUAACUGAGAGAUUUGCAUCUUUAUUUGGAGACACCAUCCUUCGAAUCAAGCGAAGUCCUACUUUGGCCUCCUCAACCGGUAGAGAGUUAUUUAACCGUCUGAAUAACUUUAACUCUAAUUCAGAAUAUUAUGUCAAUCCUACUAAUGGUAUUCGAUCAGAAACGUUGCAAGUUAUGUCUGAUGACAGAGAUUAUGAAAGGCAAUUACCUGGCCAAAGUAAAUCUAGUGUUCUCCAAGUAACUGGAUCUGAAAGCCCAAACUAUGCAAGUUCGCAGGGAGUUCUAGGAACGGUAAGCAAGAAACGGAGGAGGAAAGGUGUGAGCGGCAAGACCAGGCGACAAUUUAGAACAUUCAAUGGAUUGCCUAUCGAGCCACCUUUGAUAACUGUUGACUUAUCAAACCAGAUAAUGAAUCACCUUGUUAUCAACGAUUCUUAG